AUGGGAAAGUUUACUUAUAUUAUGGUGGGUGACACAGAGUCCAUCAACCAGACGCACGAGGUUUGGUGUCGCAGCCGCACCGUUUUGCCAGAUGACAUGUUUGAUCCGGAAAAAAGAUACUUCUGCAAUCCGUCCUACCUCAAAAUUAAUAUCAAUCCUUACUGCCUUUUUGCCGAAGAAGGACUGGCCAUAAAUGGUUCCGGAAGCAAUAACCCACAAGUAGUCACAGGAGACGUUUACCCUGACCCUUCUAAAGUGGUUACGGAUGUGGGAUGUCCGAGCCCCCUUGAUGAGACAGAUGUUCCACCUGACGGGCCAGUUGAGGCCACAACUGACCUUAAAACUGACGUCACGACCAAAGUGAUAUUAACGGUGCAAGAUGGCACCAAAUCGACAACCCCUUCGACUGCGGCCUCUACAUCCACUCAGGUUUUCCAGAAGACAACUACAAUCGAUGUGAUUUCAUCAAAUGGUGUAACUACUAAAAUACCAACAUCUACAACAAAUACGCCCACAACAACAACGUCCACGACGACGAUUACAACAACAACCACGACGACGACGACAACAACUACAACCACAAACAAUCCAACCCCAGGAACAGAGCAAAUACCCACGAAACAGGGUCUCAUGCACCGAAAAUGCGACGACGCCCUGCCCUUCAUCUGCCAGUAUUCCGUCGACUGCCCAAAGAUCUGCAUUCGAGACGUUUGA